AUGAGACAGGUUAGUUAUACUUCUUUGUAUUCUGAUACUGUCAAUGUUGCAGCACCUUUCAAUAAUGUCAAUAAAUACUUAGAUCCUACUAAAGGGGAAAUUGAUGCUCAGCAAGGUUCUGUCUCUAAUAUCGAGUUGUUUAAAAAUCUGAUACAGUAUAAAUUAAAGGAUGACAAAUAUCAGAUUGAGAAAACUGACAAGAAUUGGUUAGAUCAAGUUUUUGAAGGUUCUAAAAUAUAUUAUGGAUUGGAUGAAAUUCUAUGGGGAAAGUUCAUGGUAUGUGUUCAAUGUGAUAAACUUAAUAGGAAACAGACCGUGUUAAUAUUAGAUAAACUUGGGGUAACAUUUUCUGAUGUUAUUGAUGUCUCUAACGAAUCUCAAUUUUAUCCUGCAAUUGAAAAUUUAGAUCCCAAACAUAAUAAUUCUUUGGAAAGAAAGUGUAUUGCUGUAGCACUAUUACAGAAAUAUUCUUUACUUUCUGAAGAAGAGAUUAGUAAAAUUAAAUCUACAGUGGUUAAAAAUAAUUAUGAUCAAAUACAUGCUGGUGAUUUAGCCAGUAGAUGUGAAAUUCUAGAAACUAAAGAUGUGAAAAAAUUUGGAGAGACUAUUUUAAAUACAGGUUUACUUCAAGAUAGAACUGUUAAAUCUACUUUGAUGGACGUGAUCUAUAAAAAUGAAUCGACUUCAAUCGAAUUGAAUAAUAGACUGGUUUAUCAUUUAGGUGAACAACUUGAACAAUUAUUCAAUCCAUUGACAGAAUAUUCCCCAGAACAAACAGAAUAUACUUAUAAACCACCAGAAGAGGAAAAAAUUGAUAAUACUGAUUCAGAAUUAACAAAGGCCAUUUGUAAUGAACUCUUACAAUUUCAAACAAAAUUUGCAUUGAAUUUAGUAGAUUUUUUACAAAACUUUUUGAUUGCAUUAAGAGUCGAAGUCUUAAAUGAAAAAAUUAAUGGUUUAUCAACAGUAAAGUUAAAUCGUUUGUUUCCUCCAACAAUAGAUGAAGUCACCAGAAUCAAUUGUAUAUUUUUAGAUUCAUUGAAAGCUGCAAUACCAUUCGGUGCUUUUGAAGUUUUAAAGGCAUGUAGUGUCACCAUUCCAUAUUUUUAUAAGGCUUAUACAAGACAUGAAGCGGCAACAAAGAAAUUCAACAAAGAUAUAAAAUUAUUCUUAGCUAACUUUGGAAAGCAGAUUCCUUCACCACAAGUUUAUACGGAAAUGAAAAUAGAAACAAUUAUUAAAGGGCCACAAGAGAAGCUUAUGAAGUUGAAACUAAUAAUGGAUAGACUGUGGGAAUCUCAAAAAUGGUCAGAUGAAGAAAAGGAUAAAGCAAAAGAAUACUAUGAUAACAUAAUUGAGAUUAUACAUUCAUUUGGUACAUUAAAGGAACCAAUCAGUUCAUACAGUACUAGAGUCUUCACCCCUUCAGGUAAAAUCUUAACUGAGCUAGCCAAAAAAUGGCCAGUCGAGUUACAAUAUAAAUGGUUAAAAAGAAGAGUUGUUGGUGUAUUUGACGUCGUUUUAGGCCCAGAAUUCAAUGACAGAGGUCUUUUGGUAAUAUUCAGUGAUUACAUUGUAUUCUUGGAUAUUAUGGAUGCUCAUGAUUAUUAUAACGAUAAGGAAUCUAAUAAACCAUGGUUAGCUAACGUUUUAAUGAACUCAUUAAUCAAUGAAGUACCUCUUCCAUCUAAGAUACCAACCUUAAAUGUUUCUAACUAUUGUUAUAUCGAUAAGGUGAUAGUAUCGGUAUAUGAAAGAGACAUAAUAAGAUUCGAUUCCUUCUACGAUUCAGAUCCAUUUUCGAUAUCAUGUAAAGUUAUUUCAAAAACAACAUCUACCAAUUUAGUAGCCGAUUUGAUAACAAAGGCAAAAAUUUUGGAGAAAGAUACAGCAUUCCAUUUAUUUAGAGCAAAUGAAAAUGGAAUUCUUCUUUAUUCGACUGCUCAUGAAAUUGAUGCAUAUGAGAAGGAAAAGAUCAAAUCUAAUUUCUCACUAUUUUUGAAUAUAGAUCCUUCCGCUGAGUUACUUGAUAAUUAUAAUAUUCAUGUGGCGUUUUUUGCUAAGUUGAUAGAUAGACCAAAUGGAGAAACGAUACAACUAGAUAUCUUGACGAGAGAUAACAGAAAGUAUCAGGUAAAUAUUUCGCCAGAUAAGUUAAUUCCAGAAAUAUUGCACCAAUUGUCUUACGAAAUUCCGAUCUGUUAUUCCUCCCUUCGUUCGAAUAAUUUUUCAGAUUUAUUAAAUAUUAAUAAAGUCAUAAUAUCUAACCUCAUUACUGGAUCAGUUGAUAAGAAAGAUAUUGUAGACGAACCUAAUGGAAAGACUUCUGCAGAUUCUUUCACUAUGAUCCACUCAAAACAUAGGUCCUAUGGCUCGAUUACCACAUUUAGAAGUUAUAAAAGUGAUAUGAAGGAUGGCUCAGCAGAACCAAUCAAGGAAAAAGUUGAUGCAACAACACCAAUAGAAAACAAAAGAGAUACAAUAAGGACACAACCUCAAACAAUCUUGAAAGAUUCUGGUAAAACAGUCCCCAAAACAAAAACAGUUCAUUCUCAGAAACAAGCGGUUAAAACAGAGGUCAGUGCCGCCAAAGAGAUAGAGAGACCAAGAAAGAGUAACGUGAAGGAUAACAAGAAGAAAGAAAAACGUAAAAGUUUUGUUGGAGCAUUUAUAGGAUUAUUUGGAAGUAAAGAAAAGAAGAACAAAUCCUCUGAAAGGAAUAAUAAUGUUAAAUCAAAAGAAGGUUCAAAAUCAUUUUUGAAAAGGAAACAAAAACAGAAAGCAUCUAAAAAAACUAUAUCAAAACCUCAAGCUAUAGAUAAAUCAGGUGAAUCAAAUAAAAUAGCUGAUAAUAACCUGAAUAUAGCAGAAAGAAAUAAUAAGAGUAGUGAGAGACAUGAAGAUAAAAUUGAGGAUUCUGAACAACAAAGGGUUUCAUCUGUGAUUAGGAACAAAGAUUAUUAUUCUUCAAAAGAUAAUCAACCAGCUACAGUUGAAAAGGCUGAAAUGGUAAAUAAAAGGACUGACAACAAGGUAAUAGAACUUAAGAAAUCAGAAAUAUUAACUAAAGAAGUAGAUGGAAUUCAGAAUAAUUCUAAAAUUUCAACAAAGGAUAUUUUUGAUAAAAGUUUCAAUGAUGACUUAUUUGGUAAUUAUAAAGUAGGAAACGACACAACCGUAGAUAAAGUAAAGGAACAAAAUAAUCAAGAUUCAAAUCCAAAUACAGAGAACCUAAAACAAAAUACUUCAUCUAAGCAUGUUCCAAUUCAAACAACGAUUCCAUGGGCAAAAGAUAUUGACACAUUAACUUUUGCUUUAAACAUCACAAAAGAGGAUAAUAAUUCUAAAUUAGUAGACACCGAUGAAACUUCGAAGAAUGAAAUUCAUACAGAAAAGGCAAUUGAACAAACUUCUAAAUCAGACUCAAAAAUUGGUACCAUAGUCGACAAGGAUAAUGAAGAUGCAAUUUUAGUUGAAAAGAAUAUAAGAAUGAAAGAUCAAUCAAUAUUCCCAGUAGUGCCUAAAUUAAUUCAAAAAAAUAUUGAUUUCUCAAGAUCUGCAUCUUAUAAGGAAUUGUUUGAAAUUACCAGAUUAGUUCUAGAUGAAUUAGAUGCCCAAUAUAACUGGAAGAGAUUAAAACAAGAAGCGUCACUAUCAGAAAACCACGUAAUAAGUGCAUCAUUUGGAAGCACCGAAGAUUUAGUAGAGACUGAAAUCGAAUCCAAAAAAGAUAUUGACAAUGUCACACCUGAAGUUGUUAAAAGUUCAGACUCCAACAAGAUAUUGAAGAUUUCAGAUAUCCCAAUUUUAGAACCAGACAGUUCUCUUGAUAACUCUGAAAUAACGAAGGACUUUCUAAAUGAUCUAGAAAAUAUUGUAGAUGAUGUCUUAAAGUCAAAUGAUUUCAAAAAGCAGUCACCAUCUAUUCAAAAUCAACAUAAAGUUUUCAAAGUUAUUAAGACUACCUCCCCAACAAUGGUGAAUAAAAAUUUUGAUAAAAAAUCAUCAACUGAUUCAAACUCUGAUGCUAGAUCUAAUGAGAUCCCGAAAAAGUUACUUCCAUCGGUUGAUUUGGUACCAGGUAUUAAAUUGGAAGAUGAGGAAGAGGAAGAAGAUCAGUAUUUGACACCUUCAGCUGAACCAUCUGCCGUUUUUGAGCAAGAUAUGGAAAAUGAAACCUCAAAGGAUUCAUCAGAUGAAUCGACAGUGAAUGAUACAAAUAAAAGUGUAAGAGCAGAAAUUCUUGAAGAUUUGAAUUUCAGUUCUUUCCAUAUGUCAUUUGACGAUUCUAAGGAGAAUGAAGUUGAGAAUAGUGUAAACUUGGGUGCAAAUUCUGAAUUAUUGAAUCAAUUAACUAAGAAGAAUGACACCUUCCAAAGUCCAUUUGCUGGUCAAGCACCAUUAAUAUAUAGACUUCCGAAGUCAUCACCAAUUAAGAAUACUGCGAAUAAUAUUUCAGGAGCUAAGAAGCUUAAUAGAGACGACAAUGAUGCUAUCUGGGUAUCCCCAAGCAAAAUUCCGUUUUAUGACUUUAAUGGAAAGCCAGAAUCAAAUGUGCAAGGAAAAAAAUCAAAAGCUGCUGUUCAAGAACAAUUAACAAAUUUGCAAAUAUCUGGAAAUUCUAAUAUGAAUAAAGAUAUCUCAUAUACCUAUUUGGCUGGAUUUAUUGAUUCCCCAGAUUUAGGAGAAUCCAAUUCAAAUAGGCUUAAAUUUAAAGAAUAA